AUUCCUUGUGGUUAGAUUAAUUAUUUUAUUUUGUCCUUUACUAUAAGAUAUGGCAAGUAAUACAGCUAGCAUACAACAAUUAUUAAAUGCUGAAAAAAAAGCUGCCGAUAAAGUAGGAGAAGCUAGAAAAAGAAAAGCAAUUCGUUUAAAACAAGCAAAAGAUGAGGCGCAAGCAGAAAUAGAAGCGUAUAGAACGGAAAGAGAGGGAGAAUUCAAAGAUUACGAAGCUCAACAUUUGGGAUCAAAAGAAGAUGUUAAAAAAAGAAUACUCAAAGAAACUGAUGAAACCAUUAAUCAAAUUAAUGAGCAUUUAAAGAAUCAAAAAACAAAGGUUGUAACAAAGCUCAUAUCAUUAGUUUUAGAUAUAAAGCCGGAAUUACCUAGAAAUUAUGUUAUUGAUUCUUAAUUAUUCUAAAUUGAAUCAUAUUUAACUUUAAAUAUAAUAAUUCUGUUAUAAAUAUUUUAUAAUUGUUAAAUUUGUAUAUCUCAUUAUUUAUAUAAAAUAUAUACUGAUCUUGAAAUAAUUUAUCUAUCAUAUUUAACAUGAUUUCUAUUGAUAUGAGCAAUUUACAAACCGUUA